AUGGAAGAGUGGAUAACAAAUAAUGUAGCUAAAUUUCGUGCAUUUAUAGCUGCAGCUGUUGCUAAUACUAUAGGUGAUGGAUCAAAUACUUAUCUUCUACUUGGACCAAUUGGUACAGGUGCAUUUGGAAAUGAUGUCACUCAUAUUGGUUAUGUCUUUCGUGAUGUACUCAGAUCAGAGAUGAUGGGUUCUGAUGGUCCUAUACGUAAUGCUUUUGAAAAUAUUUGGUUUGUAUCAACUGAUAAAUGGAAAAAUGAACUCUUUGAAAAGAUCUUAAAUGAAGAGACUAUGGUUGAAACUGAAUAG